CUUGAAUGUUAUUUUAAUCAAUAGGAGCAAAAGAGGACAGUAUAACAUUCAAACUGCACAUGAGGCUAUGCAUUAAUUUGCUUUGAAGUCAAGUUUGUCGCACGGACCUGAAAAGUGACUUCCAAGAAAGCGUACAAUAGAUGACAGGUUGACUGGGACGGUAACAUCUGCAAGCGUACUCUGUGAAUUAAUAGAAGAAUAAAUUUUCGAAGAACCCUCGACCGUCAAGAUGCUUCUGAACAGCGCUCUCUCAGUGAUGUCGACGCUGGCGGUGGUGUCGGUGCGCGUGUCUUCCUCUUGGACAGUUCCAGAGAUGUUGCUGGAAGAAGGAGAUCCAGUUGGCCCUCUGAACUUGACACAUGGCACGGCACCUCCGCCACCUGUCACGACGGAACAGCUGGAGCAGGUGGCAGCCGUCACAGAUGGCGUUAUCAUACCCGAGACAGCCGAAAGUCUGGAACCAAUGGAAGAAGAAAGUUACUUCGACUCGAGCAUGCAACCAACCCACACGGCCUACCUCGGCAAGACAGCCGUGCUCACAUGCAUAGUGCACGCUGCCAAGAGUGACAAGUCGGUGUCAUGGAUUAGGGGCAGAGACCUAAGAAUCCUGACGGUGGGCCGCUACACCUACACGUCGGACCUGCGGUUCGAGGCACUGCACACAGAGGGCAGCUCCGAGUGGACGCUCAGAAUACGAUCUGUACAACUGCGCGACCAGGGCAGCUAUGACUGCCAGAUAACUACCAAGCCCAUUAGAACCUUUACCGUGCAGCUCCAUGUUGUGGAGCCCACAGUGGAGGUGCUGGGAGGUCCUGACGUGUACGUCAACAGGGCGAGCAUGAUCAACCUGACGUGCAUUGUGCACCACGCACCCUUCCCCCCUGAGGCCAUCACUUGGUACCACAACAACCAGACCAUCAGCUACACCAGUGCUCGUGGCGGGGUGAGUGUGGUGGAGGAGCGCGGCGAGACCACCACCAGCUUUCUGCUCCUGCAGAACGCCCUGCCUGCCGACUCUGGCUCCUUCACGUGCAAGCCUGAGGGCAUGGAACCUGCCUCCAUCGCACUAUUGAGAACGUCCCGCCGCCAUGCAAACGAACGCCUCCUCAGCGCUGUUGGCUCGCUGGUCCAGCGUCGUCGCGACGCUCCUGCUGAGCGUUCUCAAGCGCCGUUGCUGUGUCAUGCCGCGACGGUGGAGACUGAGGCGCAACGUGCGUGUGCAGGUGUCAUGCCGCGACGGUGGAGACUGAGGGGCAACGUGCGCGUGCAGGUGUCAUGCCGCGACGGUGGAGACUGA